UAUAUAUAUGUAUGCAUGUUUGCAGACAAGAGCGAUGAAGAUGUAACAAUAUCAUUCCUUCUAGGUCAGACAAUUGAACACGUUGACCCCACUCCCCUGCUGCUGCCAUUUCUACAGUUCAGAACAACACGAGUGACAGCGACAACAGCCGCAGCACCGGCGAUCGCAACAACAGCAGCAACAGACGUUAACAGCAACGACGAAAGCAACAACGUUGACAGCAGCAGCAACCGCCGCCGUCGUAGCAGCAACAAGCGCAGCCGCCGUCGUAGCAGCAGCAGCAGCAGCCGCCGCCGUCGUAGCAGCAACAAGCGCAGCCGCAGCAGCAACAAGCGGCGUCGUAGUCGUAGUAGCAGCAGCCACUAUAGUCGUAGCAGCAGCAGCAGCAGCUUUCGUCGUUGUAGUUGUAGCCGUAGUGGUAGAUAUACAAUAACACUGCUGCAUCACAUAUCGUCUUUAUAUCUCAUACAUCUUAUUUGCUCUACCUUCACUCCCUUUUUUUCUGUUCUAUUACUCUCUCUCUCUAGUAAUGUCGAUCAUCGUUACGACCACCGGCUGGCCUCCAUAAGCAUGUUUUCUUCCCUUCAACUUAGUCCUUUAUGUCAUCACUUACACUCUCAAUAACAAUCGGAGCAAAACAAUAACAAUGGCUAAGGUACUCU